AUGGUUGAAACGGUUGAAAAUAACUUUCUUCAAGAACUUUUGAUGUAUGAAAAUGAUGUUGAUAAAGUUGAUAUGUUAAAAGAAAAAGAUAUUCGUAUAAUUGCUUCACAUGGAGGAGGACCAAUUUUAGGAAUAAAAAAACCACGGGCAUUAGUUACAGAUGUUAAUAUUCCAUUGGUUAAAGUAUUUAGAGGGAAUGGUCAAUGGUUAAAAGAAUUUCGUGUAAAUGAAAUUGAUCCAGGAGAUACUAUUAAAGAACUUGGAUGGACAUUAAAUUAUCAUGUAAUGAUUAUAACUUAUGGAUUAAAAUUUUAUUUAUAUAACUUAGAUGGAGAGUGUUUAGAAAAAGAUAUUAUAGAUACAAAAGAAGCUGAUAUUAAGACUAUAAUGUUUUAUGAUUAUGGAUGUUCAAUGUUUUUAUCAACAAAUAAAAUUGUGUGUAUGGAUAUUUCUUUUAAUAAAAGUGAUAUUAAAAUUAAAAGAAAAGAAGUUGGUUGUGUUGCUGAUUGUGUUUGUAUGUGGUAUAAUGUAGCUGAUGAUUCAGUUAAAUGUCUUAGUUUUUAUGGAGAAAAAGUGACUCAUAUUAAUAUGAAAGAUGGGGCAUGUAAUAAUGUUAAAAUGUAUCGAAAUAGUAAAAUAUAUAAUGAUUUUAAUAAAACUGAAUCUUGUUUUGUUAAUGCUAAUGGUACAAUGGUUAUUUUAUGUCAAAGUGAUAAAACUGAUGAUAAAAUACUUAAAUUUCAUUCUUUUAUAUAUUUCCCUAGAGAACUUAAAUUAAGUAUUAUUGGAAAUAAAACAACGUACAAUAGAGAUGAAUUAUUUGCACAUGGUUUAUUCUAUUUUAUUGGAUUAGAUAGUUUUUUCUUUCAAAAAUCACCAAAUGCAUUUGAUGUAACAAAAUACUUUUUAAAAACACAAGAAUCAACUCAUUUAUUUAAACGAUAUGAUGAAGUAUAUUUUGUUGGUGAAGAUAAGUCAACUCUCAGAAUUAUUUACUCUAAAAAUAAUAAAUUUUAUAUAAAAGUAUUUUCAAUUAUUCUUGAACAGAUGCAAGACCUUUUAGCAGGUUGUCCUUUAAAAGACAUUGAAAAAGAAAUUAAUCAGUCAAACCCAAAUAUGGAUAUUCAUAUUAAAUAUUGUGCUUUUGAAAUGUUAAAAGUAUAUGAACAUGAAUUAACUGCACUUAUUCUUCCUAUAUUAUAUCAAGACAUUUCAUUAGAUAAUGAAAAACGUCAAUCUAUCCAAACAAAAUUACUUUAUUCAGGAAUUGAUAUUUUAGCAUCAUCUGCAGUAAUGUUAUCUCCAUUAGAUCCACUUCAAGAUAAAUUAUUAAAAUGUAUUUCUUAUUUUCUUCCAUUUAUUUCAGAUAAAAAUAUUCUCAAAGAGAAACAAAAUGUAUAUUUAGCUGCUUGUCAUGCUUGUCGUACAUUAAAAACAUUUAGUUCACAUGGUAUAUUAAUGGCUUAUUAUCAGUAUUUAAUUUUAGCAAGAACUGAACGUGGAAAAAAUAAAUUUGGAAGACAUACUAAUCAUGAAGUUCUUUUUUGUACUGAAGUGCAUCAUCAUCCAAUACAAUCUCUAUUAAUUUCUAUGGAUGAAUUUUCAUUAUGUAUUAAGUGGUGUGAAGAAUUAAAAUUAAGUAAAUAUCCAGUUUUGGCUAGAUGGUGUUCAAGAAAAAUUCAAUUUGUUGGAUUUACAGAUAAUUUAGAAGAAGGAUGUCAAACAGAUUUAGAAUUAAUUAAACAACGUAUGCAAUUAUUGAGUAAUGAUUAUUUAAUCAAAGUACUUUCUGAAGCAGUUCGUUCACCAAGUGUUGAUGUAUUACUAUUUUUAUCUAAUAUUAAUAAUGUUUGUCGUUCUUUUAUUGUUAAAUCAUUAUUACAUGAUGAACGAUAUUCAAAUGGUCCAAUUAUUAGUGCAAUUUUCUUAGAGUCUGUAUUCUUUUAUGAUCAAAGAACAAUUUUUUAUUUUUUCAAGAAAAACUUUGAAAAUAAAGCUUGUGUUGUUUCAGAAAAGAAAGAAGAACUUGCUACUAUUAGUGGUUUCAUUAAUAAAUCAUUUAGUGAUGUUCAAUUAACUAACGGAACAUUAAGAGAACGUUUUCCAGAAGAAUUUCGUGAAAGAUUAGAUGAAAUGACUCAAUUAGAUGGUUCUCGUUUAUUGUGGAGAUAUCUUACAUCAUGGGAAUUAUUUGCUAUGAAAAAUCCAAUGAGUGAAAUGUUUUGUAGAACAAAUAUUCUUUCAUUAGAAAACUUCUUUUUCAGAAAUUUUGAAAAUACUAAUUUACCAUUAAAAUAUUCUAUUGAUAAAACUGAUGGUGAAUGGUUUUAUUAUUAUAAUAAUCAAAGAGGAAAUGAUAUUGUCAUUCAAACAGCUCAACAAAAUGCUGUUAUUGCUGAAAAAUUAAAGUCAGCAGAUUUUGAAUCUAAAGUACAAGAACAACAAAAAAAUGCAAAUGGUAGAAGAGAGGCUAGAAAACCCAAAUUAAUGAAAUCAGUAUUUACAAUGUUAUGUGAUAUUCUUCAAAACAUUAAUUAUAAUCCACAAGAUAUAGAAUUAAUUAAAAAAGAAACUGGAUGUUCUGAUAAAAUGAUUUUACGUGCAGAAUUAACAGUUAUUAGUGAAAUGUCAGAAGGUAAUCCAGAAGCAAGAGAACGAUUAAGCAAAUAUAUUGAUUUAAAGAAAACUCUUUUACCAUGGAGUUGUUUUGUAAAAGUUGCUCAUGAUAUGAAAUUGAAAACUGAAAGAGAUAUCUUUUUGAAUAAACUUGAGUCAAUUGAAGAUCGUGUCAAAUUAUUAGCCGAAAUUAAUGAUUUUAAUUAUGCAAUAGAAUUAGCUGAAAAGAGUAAACCAUUAAUGGAAUUAUUAAAAAGAAUAAAUCCAUUACGUGAUGAACAAAUUACAAAUAAAAUUAAUUCUAUUCUUGAAAAAUUCGAUGCCCCACAAUCUGUUACUCAAGAAGAACAAUCAACUCAAUAA